GUUUGAUUUUGCAUUGCUUGUCCUGUAAUCGAAAAUCAAGUUGGAAGAUUUGGGAUGAAAUCUGGCCAGAUCUUGCUUUGUGGGGGGUGUGUGGAUUUUUGGUGGGUCUUGUUUCUUUCAAUACAAAGCCUCUUUCUCUCCUCCCCUUCCUCCUCCCAUAAUAAGUACACAAGAGAAACCAAACCACCGAACAACCACCAAAGGCAAAACAAGCCAACUUUCUUUUCUCUCUUGCACGUCCCCCUCCUGCUCCUCCUCCUCCUCCUGAACCUCAUCUUGUUCAGAUCUUACAUUGGUCCCAAUGGGCAUGGCCGCAGCAGAGUCGCAGUUUCAUGUUUUAGCUGUUGAUGACAACAUCAUAGACAGGAAGCUGAUUGAGAAGCUCCUCAAGACCUCCUCAUAUCAAGUUACUACAGUUGAUUCUGGUAGCAAAGCUCUAGAAUUUCUGGGCUUGCAUGAGGAUGAUCAAAGCAGCUCUGAUUCGCCAUCCAUUUCGACGAACAAACAUCACCAGGAAUUGGAAGUGAAUCUCAUCAUAACAGACUACUGUAUGCCUGGAAUGACAGGCUAUGACUUGCUAAAGAAAAUCAAGGAAUCAUCAUCUUUGAGAAACAUCCCAGUGGUCAUCAUGUCAUCUGAAAAUGUUCCCUCAAGGAUCAGCAGAUGCUUAGAAGAAGGAGCAGAAGAAUUUUUCUUGAAGCCAGUGAGGCCAGCAGAUCUAAACAGGCUUAAGCCCCACAUGAUGAAAGCCGUAUCUAAGGAUCAGAAACAAGAGAAACAUGAAGAAGAAGAAGAAGAAGAGAUUCAAUCACAAAAGCAUCAACAACAGCAGCAACAACACCACCAACAACAAUCAUCACCAAGACCAUCAGGCAAUAGCAAGAGAAAGGCCAUGGAAGAGAACCUUUCACCCGAUAGAACAAGGCCGAGAUACAGCGACAUUGCUGCUGUGGUGUGAUCAAUCACACGCGCCCCCCACCCCCAAAAUUUCUUUCUUUUUACCGGGGAAAGUCGUAUACACAGAGGAAGAACUUUUGAUGCUGGAUCAUUACAUACACGGUUAAACAGAAGAUGGAGAGACAGUUGUGGAGAUAGGUUCCUGCCAAUUUUUGCUUUUGACGAUAUGGAGGAUGAUCAUCACCAAUCAGAAAAAGAGGAAAACAAAAAGACAGAGAGCGUGAGAGAGAGAGAGAGCCAAGAGAUGAGACAUACUGUGCUCGAGAGAAAUUUGACUGAUAGAUUGUAGAAAAGAUUAGAAUCACGAAUCAUAAAGCAAACAUGUUGUCAAUCAGAUGGUUUCAAAUCUCGGGUCUCUAAUUUGAUCUGCUCUAUCAGUUACGGACUGGGCUUGGUCCAUCUAUUGCUUUGAUAGAGAGUUCGAAAGAAAGGUGGGGGGUAGCAUCAUCCAACCUUCAAAGACAUGUUUUUCUGCUGACACUGGUGGCAAUAUAAUUUGCACAUUCAUUAGCA